UCUUUUUUAAUACCUUAUAGAAAGUAUAUAUAUUUAUAUAUCCAACUAUUAACCCCGAACUGGAUAUAUCGCUAAUCAGGCUGAGAUAUAUUUGGAGGGCGCUGAUAUUGUGGUACUAGCUUAUACCAUUGUUAUAACUGUGAUUACACUUGGAUAUAUAGAUAAAUAUUUUAUCCCUGUUCUAGGAUGGUCUAACAAACGCAGCGUCUGUUACUUAUUGGGUGCGCAUAACAUCAUUAACUAAAUAUAUGGCGAUUAGGUACGACUUAACUAAUCCAUCUUUCAUACUAUAAUUUCAAGCAAAAAAGUAUAUAGAGGAAAAAAGCACAGAGCAUGUUAAAUCACCGUUUCAAAUGGUGGCAACAUACCGGUACAACAUGUUUCUAGCUGUUGUUAAAGGGGUUUCGAAAAGAUAUUAUGAUGGUAGUACAAUUAAAUCAUAUCCAUACGUGGAGUAGAAACUCAACAACAUUAACCACAUAUGCAUAUGUUUGGCUCUAAGUGGAUGGAUGCAUGUGCUUCUUUACAUUGAGAAGCGUUUAGUGCCUAAUGAAAGAUUCUAAUGUGGUCAAAGUCAAAGCUCAUGGUCUACACUUCGUUUCUCUUAUACUACACUACAAACUAAAAUAUUUGCUUGUGUGUUGAUCAUAGCCAAUAAUGUGUUCAUUUAAUUAUUGGGGUCUCUCAUUUUUGUCUUGACCAUCGUGGUGUUUAUAUGAAUACAAGCACAGUGAACUUCAAUUGUUUUAUUUUUGGAGGACAUCUUCGUUGUAAAUCUUCAUUCAACAGCUCGCGUCUUGUUUCUUAUGUAUUAGGGUGUAUUUUUUUUUUGAAAAACAUGUAUUAGGGUGUCUAUUUUGGGGUUUCUUUCCCUUCGGAUUCUGUUUGGUUAAUUCACUUAAGGUGAACUCAAACCAAAAUUAGUACGGUUUGGUUUGAAUCGGUUCAGUUUGCAAACAAAGUGGACGGAAAUAAACUUCUCAUGCAUGUUGUAUUCGAAGUUCAAACUAUUGUCAUGAUUUUUACCAAGCAAAUGUUAUAGAUACCACACCAUAUAAUAUUAUAUGUCCAAACAAGUAUGGCUUUAAAUAUGAAAGUUAGACUGGGUUAAUUAGUAUUGAUGUGACUACGAGUCAGUCAGUAUAUAGUUAAGAUGGUUACUGUCAUGAUUAGUCGAAACAAGCAGUAUUAAAAGAUGUACUAGUAUAAGGUAGGCUGGAAUUUUUUUGUAUUUUGCGUUGCAUGGAAAUGGACAGUUAAUGAUAAACAGUGACAUGUGCUUAGUGGUAAUUCUUUGAAUUGGUAACAUCACUGUCUCUCUCUCUCUCUCUCUAUCACUCCUCUCAACGACAACAUUUAAUACUUGCACUAAUGUAGAAAAAUUAAAACAAAAAGAAAAUGCUAACAAAAGAACACAUUGUACUCAACUUAUAAAAGGGGGUGAAAUUAAUCAGUUGGAGCUAACAAUAAUAGUAACUUAGUAUUUAUUUUGGCAAUGAUAAUAACUACAUGCUACAUCAAGCUGCACCAUAACUAAAACGAGUGGUCCAACACCAAAAAACCCGCUCAACGUUCCUCCGAGUUAAUAUUCAUAUCAAUGCUAGUACUUCUUUGUUUUUUACUGCAUAUAUAAAGACUUGACCUAACGGUAAAACUGUGUGUGUAUCAAGAACACAAAUAAUAUUAAGUAAUCUCGUGUGUUGAGUUGUACUUGUUUUCACAUGGCAAGAAGCUCAUGUGGGUACAUGUGGGUACUGUUCAAUUAUAUCUCUCCAAAUUUUCCUUCAGUCAAACUCAUUGCCUCAUUACAAAAUCCACAUCUACGAUUUUUAUUAAACAUAGAUCAAAUCAUGGAUUACAGAAAUAAUUAAUGAGUAAUUAUUAUGAUAAUUCAAUGCAUCUUCCUUCCGGUGGUGGAUGUGAGUAAUAAUUUAAAAUGCGAAUUUGCAUGUUCAUAUCAUCUAAUCUCCCAUCUUCUUACAGCUCUGUAAACUUGUCUGCCUCUUCUGUUUCCAUCUCAACGUGUCCAUGUGGUCUUACCUCAGUUUUUUUUUGUAUAUAUUAUCCUCAUCAUUACUUUCUGAAUCUUCACCCCUCUCUCUCUCUAUCUCUCACAAAGUCCACUUGCUUUGUCUUUCACUUCAUAAUAACUAGUUCUGUUUACACAUUUGUACGAUCAUGGUAGUAGCGGAAACGGCGGAGGCAACGAUGGUUUUCACGACGGAGGGACCUCGCAUUUCCUUCUCCGCCGAUCUGUCGUCAUCAGACAGCGAGGGAGACUACAUCUGCAUCAACCCUGAGAAUCUCUUACGGGGAAAAGAAGAACAAGUGAAAGCUGGAGACUUUGAGUUUCUGUCGAACACGCAAACGAUGCUCACCGCCGCAGACGAGCUGUUCUCCGAAGGAAAGCUGCUUCCUUUCUGGCAAGCCAAACACUCGGAGAAGCUUCAGAACGUUACCUUGAAAACAAAAGUCGUCGACGUAGACGAAGUAGAAGUAGUAGAAGAAGAAGAAGAAGAUCGUAAAGUGGUUAAAGAAGAGACUGUUCACAACAGCACCAAGGAGCAGGAGAAUAGCAAUAACAGAGGAAGCUGGUUUCUUGACGACGACCCUUCUCCUCGUCCACCGAACUGCACUGUUCUGUGGAAAGAGCUUUUGCGGUUGAAGAAACAGAGGAACACCAAGACGACGAAUACGACUACAAAAGCUUCGUCGACGAAGGCAUCGUCUCUCUCGCCGUCUUCGUCUUCGAGCUCGACUUCGUCUUCUUCGAGUUCUAUUGGGGAUGCUGUGAAGGAGGAGAGCGAGAAGAAAGGUAAGAAAGGGUUAGAGAGGACGAGAUCCGUGACUAUGAGGAUAAGGCCUAUGAUUCAUGUUCCUGUUUGUACUCCCUCUAAGCCUCCUCUGUUUCCUCUGAGGCUACACAAAAACAGAGUAGAGAAACGAACUUGAUGAAUGAUGAUGAUGAACAUUGUUUUACUAUCUAUUUGUCUUUGUAUUAUCAACCUUUGUUUUGGUUAGGUUUUGUGAUUAGAUGUGUUGUGUUUUUUGUUGAGCUUUUGUGAUUGAGAUCUGUGGUGUGACAGUGUAUAAAUGUGAAGACAUUUUCAUACCCGAACACAAAUAAGAGAUUCAUCAUUGAAUACACCCAUUUUUAUAUG